GCCCUCUCUCCCCCUACUCAGCAUGGACUGCUCUUCAGGUAAAGAGAUGUUUUAAAUCAAGGGGGAGGAAGGGGGAAGUGGGACUGGGGCUGUCCGCUUUUGUUCUGCAGAAAAGGGGGCUUGUUCUUAGCAGAUCAGCCUGCCAUUUUAACCGGGGGUGUGUUAGCGCCGAGUGAGAGGCUUGACACAGGAGCAGUGUGGGAUGGGAGCAGAGAGGAGAGAAGGAGCGUCUUGUCUGCAGUCCUGACACAACCGAGUGGAGCAGCAGCAUCGAGUCACUGUGAGAACACGGAGGACCCGAGCGAGCCCGGCAUCACACUCACCUGAAGGCCGCAAAGCACCACAGGGAUUACAAACCUGCAGGAUUAGUCUGACAGCGAGGACGAAAAACUGAAGACCAGAACCCUGCAGCGCUUUUCGCAGAACUUCAUCGCACAAAUCCGCUUCUGCAAGUGCACUUAGACAGAACAGCCUUCAGAGACAUCCGAGAGACAUUGAAAAAAAAAGAAAUUUUCAUUUACCAUUUUCUUUGAGCAGCCUGUCAGCAGAGCAGGAGCUCUUCGGUGAUGGACUUUGAUUUGGUGGAGAAUUUGUCUGCUGGACAUGCAUAAUCAUCCCUAACAGCGCCUCUGACCCUUUGUGGAUUUCGGUGAAAUCUUUGGACAAAACUGUUUAAUUUCGAGCAAGAUCUGCUCUCUGUAUCACCUGGAAGGAUAUUUGUCACCUCCAUCCAACAUGCAACUCAUCCCACUCAGGCGCAGCUAUCUGUGAGUCUGUCCUUAUUCCUCUGUUCCACUCUUGACUAUUUGUUUUUGCUUUUUUACGCAGCUCUGGUGAAACUUAACACCUCUUAUUCUUCUUUUUGGCAGGUUUCUACACUUGCUUGCAUUUUGCUAUUACGCUCAGGUAUGUUACUAUCUUCAUUUCAUCUCGUUUCAUUAAAUGUUUCAGAAUGUCCUUCCCUGCGCGCAACAUAAAUGAUUGUUGCUUAAAAAUCUCGGAGACGAAGCGCAGUCAAAGUUGAGAUAUAUGGGGCGGUGACAGGAUGACAGGAAAGGUGAGGGAUCAUCGUAGCAUUCUGUGAUACAACAAUAUCGGAUGGCUCCCACGGCGCACCGGGCAGCAGGGCGCACGGCCUGCUGGCAUGAUGAACACACCGGCCCUGGCACGGGGCGCGCGGGCACAGACGGGGCAUCGGGGCAGAGGGAAAUGCUUGCAAGUCUUGUGAAAAAUGUCGUGGGGUUCAAAAUGAGCAAGGCCAAUGUUUCCGUUCGCAGCAGUCAUUCCACCACACUAAAUCAGAUUUGAUUUAAAAUUUUAGGUAUGCAUCGUGUUGGUAAAUUUAACAAUGGAUGUCUAAAGGAGAUCUUCUCCAUCAAAUUUUUCCUUUGCGCUGUGGCGCAAAUUCUCCUGUGCGCACAACCUGUAAUCACGCCGUGCGUCUUUUUUGGAAGCUGUUAAUUUCAUUUGGCAGCAGCCUUCCUGGAACUUGUUACACUUGUCGCUCUGGGAAAAAAAACAACAACAAGCUGUUGUUGUGUGAGGAUCUCUUUUCCCACUGCGCUUAAGUGUUUCAACCAUUUCCUACAGCGACCAGAAAACACACAUCUGGCAUCAUUCUCACUAUUUUUUUCUCCUUUUUGCCCAGUUUAAUGUCAGCAAGAUAUAUUUAUAAAUAAAUCAACAUUAACAGGACGAAUGUACGCAGAUGAUGAUUGUGAUGACAUCUAAUUUCUGACAGGUAACCAAUCAGUCCCCGCCUAAUUUCACGCAGCAUGUAAGCGAGCAGAGCAAAGUGACGGACCGCGUGAGCCGCAGGUUGAUCCGGAUCUACCAGCUGUACAGUCGGACCAGCGGCAAGCAUGUGCAGGUCCUGCCCAACAAGAAGAUCAACGCCAUGGCCGACGACGGAGAUGUGCACGGUAAGACACCAGAGACACGAACUUCAAACAACAUCAACCACUACAGAUCCGAGAGGGAUUUGUCAGUUUUUACUGACUUUCUAAAGUGCAUGUUUUCGUUUUUCAUUUGUUUUAAUUUCGACCAAUUCACAACAAUAUUUUUUUUAAAUUCAAUUGCUAUUUUAAUGACCUUCAAAUAUUGAAAUAAAUAAAAUGGUGCCCACCUUUAAUCCGCCCGUCAGUGUCUAAAAAUCAAGGGUUUCCAGAUUUCAACUGAGAAGAGAAAAUGCGUCCGUCCUCACCACUCUGUUCUGGAGAGAAAAUAAAUUCAGUCAAAUCAUUUUUAGUAUUUCGAUAAAUAUUUUAUUUAAAAAGUAAGAAAUUAUUGAAUAUUAUUUAGGUCCCACAUUUUGCCUUUCCCCCUAUUUUUUUUUUUUUUUUUUUUAGAUCAAGCCUCUCGUUUUUAGUUGUAUUUCUCUUAGGAUUUGGAGGAUAGGUUUCUUUAAGGUCCUGCAGCAGUCAAAAAGCUAAAAGAGCAAAACUCCUUCAACUAGGUCACAUGAUUUUGUCUGAUGGUGCAAUUUAAUUAAUAGGUUUUCUUUGAACACAAUGAAAGCAGGUCCUCCUCAUGCAAACAGCACAUUUGACGAGUGUGUUAAAGGCCCGUUCAUUCAGUCAUUUAACAAUUCUCUGAUCUGAUUAUCAAAAAAAAAUCUCUGCACUAAGUCAAACUUCCCACCAUGGAUGUUUCUUGAGGCCCUCAGUCCUCACUCUCACAGCUGACUGUUGGAGAUGGUCACUCUGCUCACCAUUUGUGAUCCCACUCUGUAGUUCUGAGGGGAAACUGUCCAGUGGAUUGUAGAUGGUGCUGGAGGUGAUCCUCCAGAGAUCCUCCAGGUCUGGAAGAGCCAUUAGAAGCAAUCUUACUUCUACCUCUUGAACAUUUCCUGCAUAGCUCUGUCUUCCCCUCCACCCCCUGCUUUAACCUCCCCUCUUGAUCCAACCCCAGAACCAAACAGGCCCGGUUGGUUAGAAUGUCCCCUUUAAGCUUCCUUUGUGUUUUGGUUGCUAAAAGUAUUUAUAACUGUAGAAACUCCCCCAUAAGAAUCCACUGAUAAAAAACAAAGAGCUGCCGUCUGCACAGAGGUCCAAUGUUGCUGCAGAAUGUAAAUAUAUAUACAUUAUAAAAAAAAAGAAACCCAACACUUUUGUAAAAGGAGGAGAAAGCAUGCAUGUGCCUCACAUGCUUGUUUUGGCUCUUACUCCCUCAAUAAACAGAGGCCAAAGAAGCAGUUAUCAAUAUAUAUGAAGAUAUGCAGAUACAUUUAAUUUUCUAUGUCUGAUAUUAACUAGAAGAUAAAUGUAUAUCCUCUCAUGAGAGUAAAACCUCUCAGAUAAGAUAAAAAAUGCAAUCAUCUCCAUAAAGUCAUGAUCUGUGUACUGUUCAUAUUUCUCGUUUCUUUGAGUUGGAGUCAGGAUAUAGAGAUAGAUGUGGAGCUUUAUGUGUGAGGUCAAUGCAGAUUUAUUUGAAAAGGAAUUCAUGAUGGGCCUGCCAGGAUCCCCUCUUUAGCUUUCAAAGAACCCUGAGACACGUGGUUUUAUCAUUCUGCAAGAAUCUCAGCUUGCAUAAAUCCCCAGGAAUGGUCCCACAGGUUUUUUUUUUUUGUGUGUGUGUGUGUGUGUGUGUGUGUGUGUGUGUGUGUGUGUGUGUGUGUGUGUGUGUGUGUGUGUGUGUGUGUGUGUGUGAGAGAGAGAAAGAGGAGAGUAUGCUGUCUGAUAAACACAGCCAGCCUUUUGCUUGUUUGUCUGUAAGCUUGAUGUUCAUGCACACAUGCCUGUACACUGUCACAGACUUCACUCUCAUUAAUUCUCACAAAAUCUCUCUUGAACCUUAAACUCACCAUGCUGCUCUGACCUGUAGCUUCUCACUAAAAGAGUUUUUUGUCUUUCUUUCAUAGCCAAACUCAUCGUGGAAACAGAUACAUUUGGGAGCCGAGUGCGCAUCAAGGGAGCAGAGACGGGUUUCUACAUCUGCAUGAACAAGAGAGGGAAGCUCAUUGGCAAGGUGAGGAGAGAAGCUGACCUCAGCUAGCAGGAGCAGAGGCAAAAGGUUGGCUAGCUUAUUGUAGCCAGGGUCAAAAUGUCAGCAGUUGUUUCAGCACGACUGUCAGAGUUAGAGCAGGAAGGCUUGAGUUUCUUGAAGGACAGUUGCAAAUUGUUGAGAGCAGAAAUUGAUGAAUUACAAAGUAGAGAAAGUAUACACUUAAAAUCAUCUAGUACUCUCUUGUGUGAAAGAAAAUAGGAAAACCCUACAAUAAAACUAACAGUAAAUACUAAGGCAAAAAUGUGUGAAUUAGCCUGAAAAUAACACAAGAUCCAUCAAUCUUCUUCUCUUAAUACAUGACUUUAAAUAAGUUAAAAAGUAGGUUGUAUUUUCUUAUCUCUUAUUGUAUGAAUGAAAUUACAAUAUGAAAUGAAAUAAGUUCACUUUUGCACAUUAUAGCCAAACAAUUACACAGCAUUUAACUAAAUGUGUUUACAGUGUCAGUCUGUUUAUUAAUAAAAAAAAAACAUCUUUAAGGAAAUGGUGAGCAUUUUAGAAAUUAGAAAGAAGUCUUGUAGGACCUUAGUAUUAUUACAGGUAAAAAUUAAGCCUAAAUCAACAAGCUUCAUCCACCGAAGGAGAGGAACUAGUUAAAAAUAUCUGCAGGAGUCUAACAUGCACUUACAGACAUAUUCUAAUUUUACUGUUGUUGUUGUUGUUGUUGUUGUCGUUGUUGUUGUUGUUGUUGUUGUUGUUGUUGUUGUGUGUGUGUGUGUGUGUGUGUGUGUGUGUGUGUGUGUGUGUGUGUGUGUGUGUGUGUGUGUGUGUGCGUGCGUGCUGUCACUUUGUAAGUAGGAUUAUAGAGCUAGAUAAUGUAAGGUAUUUCUAAAAUCUCUGCAGACUGUUGAUAUAGUUGUGUGAUGGCUGAGUAUUUCACUAUGAGGUCUUUCAACAACAUAAGGCUGCAGGUUAGUUUAAUAUACUGCUGCUGUCAUGUGAGCAUCUAGGUAUGUGUGUUUCAGCGUUCCUCUCUUACUGCUAAUAAACAGAGCUGCCAUCCUCUAUCCAGCCCCCCCACAUACCCCCCCACCCACCCAGCACCCUGCCCCGUACACCAUCUGUCCUGAGCUACGGGCCCAGUCACAGCCUGCCCCGACACCAGUGUGUGUGUGUGUGUGUGUGUGUGUGUGUGUGUGUGUGUGUUAAACAGAGAAAGAGUGUGUUCUUGACUGUAUGUCAGUGCACACGAGUGUACCAUGACUAUUUUUAACACACUAUUUUGUCCAGAAAGGUGGGAGCUUGAUACAGUAGGUUAGCACUGUGUGUCCUUGCCAGUGAAUACUGCGUCAGCUGACCUUACUGUACAUUUUACCACUGGAGACAUUGAUAUGAUUUUUUUUUUUUGGGAGGUCACACUUCUACCAUCUUAACGUUCACCUUCUGGUCCUCCUUGCUCUCUUGUUUGAGUGAAAGCCUGUUUUAAUGGGGCUUUAACUGAACCCAGAGGAUGACUGCUGAGAUGCAGUCAAAGAUCUAUGGAUUGAUAUAAAAGUCAAGCCGACUUGAGGAUAAAUUUAGCCAAUCCGUGAAUGAAUGCAACAGAUCAAACUGGGGAUGAAAGUGAUACUAAGGGCUGAUUAGGGCUUUAUGGCAGGAGGAUCCGUCCUGCAGCCACUGACCUACAAGAGCUGCUGGAUGUUUUCUGAAGGGGGAGAAGAGUCAUCGCUUACUGUCAUCCCCCUCUCUCUGAUCUGUAAUGACUGUAGCAUAUGCUGCAUGUAAGAGGGGAGGGCUGUGUGUGUGAGAGUGUGUGAGAGUGUGUGUGCAUGCAGGGGACAGGCUGCACAGGGAAGCCUUUAUACAUCUGAUAUUUCCCAUCUGUAAAUCUUCAUUGAGUAUUUUUGAGGGUUUUUUUCUGAUCAUCCCUGCUCACAGUGUUUGUGUGUGUUCUUCUACAGAAAAAUGGACAAGGCCGUGACUGCAUCUUUACUGAGAUUGUUCUGGAAAACAACUACACAGCCCUGAGGAACGCCCGAUAUGAGAGCUGGUACAUGGCUUUCACUCGACGAGGCCGACCGCGGAAAGGCUCGCGGACACGCCAGCACCAGCGUGAGGUCCAUUUCAUGAAGAGGCUCCCGAAGGGGCAGCAGCCCGCCCACCCAAGUCACCACCGUCCUUUUGACUUCAUCCACUACCCCUUCAGUCAAAGGACUAAACGUACAAGAUACUCAUCAGAGCGCUGAGGAGGAGGAGGAGGAGGAGGAGGAUUACAGAAACCACAGCGAAAAACUGACAGACUGACUGUACUCUCAGCAGCUGAUAAAGUCCUCUCCUCUCCAUGAAAACCUCUACAGACUUUUUUUAUACUGAGCAUUACUAUAUCUUAUUGUGUAGUUUGUUUUCUAUUUUUCUCAAAAAAAAAAAAAACAGCUGUAAAUAGACAAAAAAAUAAGAAAUCUAUUUUUGUACUCCAGACAAAGUGCUGACCUGUGUGGAAAAAAAACAAAAAAGAGGAAAUGUUGUUCUUAGAUGCACAUAUCUUUUUGUCAGACUUAUCAAAGACACCUUGGUAGAGUACUUUGUGCUAAGUUUGUUUUUUAUUUUGACCAGUGGAGUCAGUUUUUGACUCUCACCUGCUGCUCAAGGAGACUUGAAGGGCCCUGAUUGACCGCACUGCCAAGGAAUGCUGCGUUUAGGGACACAAACUGUCACACACUGUGUUGGGGAGCACCAGGUGUCAGUAAACGUUGCAUAUGGUGGUAACACUGCAGUGUGAAAGCUUCUGCUGGAUGCUGCAUCCUGACUAGUUUCACUCUUUUUCUUUCUCUCCUAGUUAAAGCAAAGAGAGCUUUAAUAGCAUCUGAGGGAGCGAUGUGGCAGCUACAUUUGGAAAUCACAGGUUUCCUGUCCUGACUGAAAUGUUAGUGUGUAAAAAUGCAUUGAAGCGUAAGGAGCCCCUUGACACAAACUACCCCUCACCCUCUUGUGUUCUUGUUGUCUCCCCCCUAAAUGUCUGUUUUUAUAAAUAUAUAUAUAUAUAUAUAUAUAUGAAAAACUAUAUUUUUAUUUGAGGAUGUGUAUAAUAAUUUUAAGGAUGGAAUAUUUAUUUAAAAUGUAAUAAAUGUACAUUAACAUACAGAUAUCAAA